UGCAAAAGUACAAUGCAUGAACGCCGCAGACAAACGAGUCAGCUAUGCCAAUAGUUCCUCACUACAAAAAAAAGUAUUAUUGAAGACAAGGCCAUUCCUGGAGGACACCAUGAAAGAGAUGCUGAGCAAGGUUUUACCGGCUACUUGUUGCAUUAAGGUGGCAGAUCUGGGUUGUGCUUCGGGUCCCAACACCUUCUUCCCAACAUACGAAAUUAUGAACACAAUCACUAGGAUUUGUCAACAAGCACACUGGGAAUCACCCGAGCUUCAAGUGUUCCUAAAUGAUCUUCCCCACAACGAUUUCAACACUGUCUUUAGAUCUGUUCCCGCUUUCGAUGGGCGCUGCUUCAUAGCCGGAGUUGCAGGUUCCGUUCAUGAAAGGCUUUUUCCGAGCAACAGCAUUCACUUUAUCCAUUCUUCUUAUUGUCUUCAUUGGCUCUCAAAGGUCCCAAAAGGAGUUGUUGAGAAUAAUAAUGAGAACGUUUACAUAUCGAAGUUAAGUCCUCCUAAUGUAUCUGAUGCUUAUUCGAAGCAAUUUGGAAAUGAUUUCUCGAAAUUUUUACGCUUUCGUUCUGAAGAAAUGAUGGGUGGAGGACGAAUGGUGCUUACCUUGAUCGGUAGGAGCAUUACUGAUCCCACAUGCAAAGACAAUUGUUGCAUAUGGGAGCUUUUAACCAAAUCACUCCUCGACUUAGUAGAAAAGGGAUUGAUACAUAAAUCUGAUGUGGAUUCAUUCUAUAUACCUCUAUAUUACCCCUGUGAAGAAGAAGUGAGGGAAAUCGUCGAAAAGGAAGGAUCUUUCGUUCUUGACAAAAUAAAGAAAUUUGAAGUAAACUGGGAUUUCGAAGACGAUGACUGCAAUGGAAAUUUUAUACGUAAAAGUGGACAAAACGUCGCGGAUAGCAUAAGAGCAAUUACUGAAGCCAUGCUUGUGAUUCAUUUUGGAGAGGCCAUAAUUGAUAAUUUGUUCAUAAGAUAUGCACAACAUGUAAGUGAGCAUUUGUUACGUGAGAAGACGAAGUAUGUUAACAUUGUCCUUAUAAUGACAAUGAAAUAGUCAGUC